AUGAUUGACCCGGGGACGAAGCACCUUAGCGAGGAGGGCGCCUAUGUGGAAAUGCGGUACACGGGGAUGCGUAUUCUCCGUGACAGGGUCGCUUGUGCGGCAUCGCUCGCUCUUGACCAGAUUCCCAUUGAGGCGCUGGCAGCCGGUGGCGUCGUCCUAGCCGGACUUGUCGGCACUAUCGCAUUUCAAAUGCAGCAGCAGCCCGGAGCGGCAGGCGACGGCGUGGCGCUGUCGGAGGCUGCCAAUGCCGCCGAGAUGGCGCCACCACCGCCGCCCCCGCCGCCCCGCGAGAACGCUGUACUCGUAAUGGGUGCCACGGGACGCCUUGGACGUCGCGUUGUUGCGAAGCUGCUGGCGAUGGGUCGCACCGUGGUAGCGGGCUGUCGGAGUCUGGAUAAGGCCCGUGAUGUGCUGCUGGGCACUGGCGAGGGUCGCAUGGGUCUCAGCGCGGGCUUCCAGGAAGGGGGUCGCCCGGGGAUAUUGUUCCUGGAGCAGGUGGACAUCACAAACCCGGAAUCCCUCAGGCGGUCCGAGCUGUGGGAGGGCGUGCAGCAGGUGGUGCUGACGGUCGGCACCGUAUUCGGGCCGCUGCCGGAGGGAGGCUUCGGGGUGCUGGACGGCAUGACCAGCGAGCGAGUGGAGGCGGAGGGCAUCUCCUCUCUUGUCUCCGUACUUCGGGAGGUACUGCCCAAGAAGGCCACCCGCAGCAGCCAACUGGUGCUGCCCAUGCGUACGGCAGAGGAGUUGGCGGUUUGGAACCGGUUAGACGACGUCAUCAUGGGCGGCUCAAGUGACAGUGGUCUGCAGCCUGCGCCGGAGGGCGCGGGUGUGGCUGGGGCGGUGUGGCGAGGCAAUCUGGUGGUGGAGGGUGGCGGCUUCUGUGGCGCUCGCAGCAACAAGCUGGGCCUGGACCUGGCGGGGUAUGACGGAGUGCAUCUGCGGUUGCUGGGAGAUGGUCAAACGUUCAAACUCAACAUCAAGACGAUCGACCAGGAAGAUGUACCCGAGUCCACCUACCAAGCUACCUUCGACACGGUGAGCGGCCAGUGGGCGGACGUGUACAUACCCUGGCACAACUUCGUACCCGUCAAGAGGGCGCAAUCAGAUCCGGAAGGUGCCCCGCUUGAUCCCUCUCGCAUCUCAAAGUUGGGUCUGGUGUUGAGCCGGUUCGAAUACAACAAGAUGCCCAACCCCGACUACAAGCCGGGGCCCUUCGAGUUGCUCAUAGAGGGAGGCAUCCACGCGUACAACGAUGUACGGCCCCAGCUGGUCAUGAUCUCCUCGGCGGGGGUAGAACGUAACGCCAUCAUUGGUGAUGACGAGGUGAAGCGCGCCGCCGACAUUCCGAUUGUACAGCUAAACCCCAACGGUACAUUAAACCACAAGUACACCGCCGAAAUCGCCGUACGAUCGUCCGGCUAUCCGUAUUCAGUGGUGCGGUCCACAGGCAUGAUCGACAGCUUCGAGGGCGGCCCCUACCUGCUCCAAGCGGACCAGGGUGAUGAGAUUGUGGGGCAGAUCAGUCGCGAGGAGGUUGCCGAAUGUCUGGUCAUGGCGGUCAGCAUGCCGGAGGCAACUGGCAAGACGUUCGAGCUACGCCGUAACGAGGCGGCGGAGAGCAAGGGAAAGAGACCCAUGGGUCGUCAGGACUACGUGCGGCUCUUCCUCAAACUGGCCUUAGACAAGCACCGCUGGCGGGUGGGGCUGCAGCCCAUGCCCAAGCCAGUACCGCCCCCGUCCCCGGUUACUGAGGAGCGGCGCAGAGAGAUCGUCGCGCAGGUGGCCGUCAUCCGCGGCCAAGGGCCCCCGCCGUCAUCGGGCUCUGGGCAGCCGCAGCCUCAGGUGCAGGUGCAACCGGGACCCGGAGACGGUGCCAACGGUGCUUCGGUGCUGGUGCAGCCGCAGGCGACGGCGACGGCGGAGGUGAAGGCCGAGAAGCAGCGAGAGACGGUUGGCGUGCGGGCGUAGUCCGGCGAUGUCUGAAUGCCUGGAAUCACGUCGUUUGAGCUGUCUGUAUGUCCGUAGCUGGUGGAGCUUGCGAUGUACAACAGGAAACGAUUUAUCUGCGAAUGCGGGUGCCGCAAUAACUGACAGUGUAGAAGUGUGUAGAAGCGUGUGCCCGGAGCGAGUGCUGAGCGACGAGCGUUAUGCGUUGUUCAUGAUUAUUAUAAGUUGUCUUGAGUGUGUUGUGCACGGCCGUGCUGUCUGCGUACGCGGACCGACCAAGACGAAGCUGUGUGUGCAUAUGUAUGUAUGUAUGUACGUAUGUGUGUGUGUGUGUUUGCUAGAAUGGAGAGAGGAAGUGAGAGCGACUUCGUGUGCUUAUACGUAUGUAUGUACGUCUGUGCGCGUUCUGAGUAUAAGGGUGUGCGUAUAGCAUCCCUAGACAGCCUUGUUUCCAGUGGCGUGAGCGUGUGUGAGCAUGGACACGGCUCGACUGAGCACCGACUCACAGUUUGCACAGAAGGGCUGUGAGGACAUGUUCAGGGAUGAAAGGUGCGAUGUGUACAGAAGGGAAGCAUGAGAACAGUACGGAAAGGAAGUGAGUGAGGAGGCAUGAGCGAGGCAGCAAAGGCCGACAUCGCUGUGACCCUUCUGGUCUCCAGAGACAGCCUGGUAGCAGCAGCGGGCGCUGUGAUGGCGGUGCUCGGUUGUGGGCAAUUUACCUUUCUUUUUUAGCUUGGCUUUUGAUUUUUUUGAUUUGGCGGAGUGAGGAUGGGUGCUACAAACGGUGGCAGGCAGGCAGCAGGAGGAGCCGAUUAAGGGAACCUGAAGGUCAACGUGAGCGUAUCUCCAUGCAGAUCACGGCACAGAGAUUUAUGGCACGGCUUGCGCAAUGCGUGUGGACAACAGCUCUAAGCUGCGCUCGGUUUGUAACGCAGGCUGGUGGUUCG